GCAGUGAUGUACUGGCUGCCUGGACUCCACUUCUUCUCCUCCUCCUCCUCCCCUUCUCUGUCCUCCUCCACGUCUCCUCAGUGGGUGUUCAGCAGCGAUGUCGGGGACUCUGUAGGAGCCUCUGGGGGACCGUCGCAGUGCAGGACCGGCGGUAACCAGGUGGAGAGUCGCUGUGAGAACUGGAUGUGAAGGGUAAGCGCUGAGGUCAUGAUCGACUCGUCCAAUGUGACGGCGUCCAGCCCCCAGGAGCUGGGUGUGAAACCCGAGGAGCUGCAGAAGUCCAAAUGUGUCCUGGGCUUCAUCCCGGUCAUCUACUACAGUGUGCUGCUCUGUGUGGGAGUACCAGUGAACAUCCUCACAGCCGUGGCGUUAUCCAGACUGGCAUGCCGCACAAAGAAAGCUCUGUAUUACUACCUGUUGGCAGUGACGGGCUCAGAUAUUCUCUCCCAGCUCUUCAUCAUCUUUGUUGGCUUCCUGCUGGAGACGGCAGUUUUUCACCGUGAUGUCCCCGCGCUCCUGCUGCACUCCGUCAGUGCUGCCGAGUUCGCUGCCAACCACGCCUCCAUCUGGUCCACCGUGCCCCUCACUGUGGACCGCUAUGUGGCGCUGUGCCACCCCCUCCUCCAUCGCCAGAUCAGCUACCCGGCCCGGGCCAGGAAGAUCAUCGCGGUGGUCCUGGUGAUGUCUUUUGUAUCGGGCGUGCCCUUCUUCUGGUGGUCGGACAUGUGGAGGAACAGCCACCCACCCACAGCCCUGGACACCGUCCUCAUAUGGACUCAUGUCAUUAUCAUCUACUUCCUGCCCUGCAGCAUCUUCUUAGUGUUGAACUCUUUGAUAAUUCACACGCUGAGGGUGAGGCAGAGGCAGCACAGUUGCCAGGAGGAGCACGGGCCGAAGUCUGCGCCUCCUCGGCGACUUGGGAAAACCACAGCCAUGCUGCUCGCCAUCACCUCUGUGUUCUCCGUGCUGUGGGCCCCCAGGACUGUGGUGGUCAUCUACCACCUGUACGUGUCCUCAGUUCACCGAGACUGGCGCGUCCACCUGGCCUACGACCUGUCCAACAUGCUGGCCAUGCUCAACACGGCCGUCAACUUCUUUCUCUACUGCUUCGUAAGUAAGCCUUUCCGCGGCGCCGUGCGGGAUGUCGUGCUGCUCAGAGGGGGCCCGCUGUAUCCUCGCCGCUCUCUGCCUCACCCGCAGGCCCCCACCAACACCUCCAUCUCCUCUCUGUACAGUGGGAACAACAAGCGCUCGCAGCGAGAAUCCACUCCCUUGUCACCUCGCAGGGCCAGAAAGCCCUCGUGACCCCGUGGCCUCCCCUCCUCAUCCAAAACACCCAUCAUCCCACGGUCCCUGAGCACUUCUGACCCCUGAGACGCACACUGCAUUCCAGCUGCGGUCAUGGACAGCUGCCAGUCAGCCCUGGAGCUUUCUCAAAGGGUCUCAAAUGAACUCGGUGUUUUUUUGUAUUAUAAUCUGUCAGCGGGUGUUGUUUGUCCGUGUAAAUCUGAUAAGAUGACAGCCUAUUUAUUUUUCUUCAGAAGAAUUCAACAAAUUAAAAGUAGAUUUUUUUGGUAUUUUUUCUUUUCCAAAAAUGGAAGUAAUGUGACAAAAUAUUUUUUAUAUUGUUACAAGAAAGAAUAUUGCUUGUUUUCUCUGAUUAAUUUGGUCGUUAAAUCCACGAUUAGGGAAUAAGAAACGACAGGAAGGAAAAUAAUUUGCUGCACACUGCCGCAGUGAGUAAAAUCCAUUUAUCUAAUCUCCCACUUGUAUCAUGCCAAGAGGUGUUGAGUUUGCGUCAGUCAACUUUAAUUGCCCUGCUCUGAUAUCCACUCUGCGAGCAGCAAAAUGUAGAAAUAAGAGUUUUAAUUUGAACUGGCUGCUAUUCCUGCUGCUGUGCAAAGAUGCUGAAUGCCCUGAGAGACACUCCGCCCUGCUGAGCAUCGCCAAUCGAGCAAAGAAAUCGCACUCUGGCUCCACAUUGCGCUCCCAGGCACAAAGACACCGGCUACUGAGGCGUCUGUUUAUUUUUCAUUACAUGUAACUGGAUGGAGCCUUAAAUGAAAGCUGGCUGUCGAAACGGCAGCGGGAGUGAAGACCCUGCUCUUCAAACAGACAUCACCAACAUGGCCUCGGCUCUGGCUAAACAAACCGCAGAUUAGCCUGAUGGUCUACACACACACACACACACACACACACACACAUACAAAUGUCAGCUAGUACAUUUCCAUUUCUCACAACAGGAAUUUUUAUUGAUUGACUGAUUGAUUGUAUUAGAUCUUUUCAAACAAGACAACAAAACAGAAAUGUCAUAAUAAAGCCCUAAGGCUAAUGUCCAUGUUUCCCACUGGGAAUGGGAACAGGGAUUUUCACAUGACAUCAUCAUAAUUGAUGACAUGUUACACUUGUUGUUUCAGCAUUGAAAAAUAAGAGAGCUGCACUUAAACUUCUGACUUCUGUUGAUUUGAAUAUGAGCCAUCUGUUGUUGAUAUGAAUAUAUUUUUAACUGAUGCCCUGUCACUGAUUCCUCAAGCGGCACUUAUUUGUUCUGGAAACACUCGUCACCUGGUUUCUAACAGUGUCUGUGCCGAAGCAUGAGGUGAUAGAUGUGGCCAGAGGCAUUAUGUUUCAGGGACUUUAAGUUUGGCAAAAACGUCCACUUAGACUGAAGAAUAUAUUGAUAUGAUUUUGGCGGUCAUAUGUCAUAGGUCAAGGUCACUGUGACAUUGUCUCACUCUUGUGAAAACAAUAUGUCGAGAACACUGGGCCUCAUUCACAAACAGUGCGUGCUUAAACUGUGCGUACGAUCGUUUGACGCACAAAUCCGGGAUUCAUCAAUAUUUUCUUACCUUUGUUCUUACUCUGCGAACAAAUUUAGAACUGCGUACGCACAAAUGAGGAAGACCGAACUGAGUUAGAAAAUGCAAACAUACCUUUUAAGUACAUGCAGAGUCUAUAAAACCACAUUCAUGAAAAAGAGAUUUAAUUAACAUUUUUUAAAAUAAUUAAUUUACUAAUAAAUUGGCCAAAUGGAUUGAAUUACCAUGAAAUUGACACACGUUCACCCUCAUCAUUGUGACAAUUAAAAUAUUAACAAUAACAUGAACAGAAAAACUAUCACUCCAUCAGCGUGCAGAUGAUCUGUAAUGCCGACUGCCAUAUCCUUAAGGCUGUGGUCCGCUGGCCAGGAGGCACCCACGACUCAUUUAUUUUGCAGAACAGUACAGUGGGAAUGCGUUUGGAGGCAGGGGCUGUGAGAAGUGGAUGGCUUGUUGGUGAGCAUCUUUUGUUCUAGUCUUUUAUUUCAAUUGUUUUUAGUUAGUAUUUUUAGUAAGUCUCUAUUCCGUUAAUGUUAAAAUGUUAUAUUGUUUGGGUGACCGGGCAUAUGGCCUUAAAACAUGGCUGAUGACACCAUACGCAAACCCUGAAACCCCUCAAGAGGUGUGCUAUAAUAACAUACAUGCCCACACACGCGCUGUAGAGCGCACAUUUGGCGAGCUUAAGGGCCGUUGGAUGUGUUUGGAUCAGAUACGGCCAGUGGCAAACUACUUUAUACCCCUGAGAAGGUGUGCAAGAUCAUCCUGGCAUGCUGUGUCCUCCACAAUCUUACAGUGACCCAUGGCAUUCCUGUAAGACCCGGCACCAUCGCUUCUAACAAACUGUGAAAUUUACUACUUCUCUCCUCGCAUAACCGCUUCCUUCAUUCAUGAAUCAACUCUAGGCAAGCGGUUUCCUUACAUGGAGAAAUGGGGGCAUGGUAGUAUGCUAAUCACAAAUUGCGAGCAUGCGCCUGUCAAUUUAGAAUGAUUCUGAUUCACACACAUACACAAGGUGGUGAGAACAAAAUUGGCCGGUGCACAGGUGUCAUGAAUCCCACGGUGAUUUUGCGUACACACUUAUUUUGUGCGCAAAGUAAGAACAUUUCCAUGCACAUACUGUAUUAGUGAAUGAGGCCCACUGUGAGGGAGUUUUCUUAUAUUUGGCACAAAUGUCUUCUUGGACUCAAUAAUGUACUGAUUACAUUUUGGUGGCCACAUGUAAAAGGUCAAGGUCACUGUGAUCCUCCAUCUAUGUUGUUAUCAUGAAUGUAAAAUCUCACGAAUGACUUGGGGGAAUUUCUUUACAUUUGGCAAAAACAUCCACUUAGACUGAAGAAUAAAGCGAUUAGAUUUUGGUGGUGAUUGGUCAAAGGUCAAGGUCACUGUGACUUUGUCUCAUUUUUGUGAACAUGAUAUCACAAGAACACCAUGAGGGGAUUUCUUCAAAUUUGGCAAAAACAUUCACUUGGACUCAGUGAUGAACUGUUUAGAUUUUGGUGGUCACACGUAAAAGGUCCAGGUCACUGUGAUCUUGCUUCAGUGUCAUUCUCAUGAAUGCAAUAUCUCACCAACACCUUGAGGGAAUUUCUUUACAUUUGGCAAAAACAUCCUCUUGGACUCAACAAUAAACUGAAUAGAAUUUGGUGGUCAUAGGUCAAGGUCACUGUGACCUUGCAUCUAUAUCAUUCUCGUGAAUGCACUAUUUCAAGAACACUUUCAAGGAGCUUAAGUGACACAAACAUCCACUUAGACUGAAGAAUAAACCAGAAAAAAAUUAGACAUAGCUAGUCAGGGGUCAGUUUGACCUCACACAAUAUGUUUUUGGUAAAAACUCAAGAAUGCUAAUGCAAAUCAUGACAAAAUCUUAUACAAACGUCCAGAGGAAGAAGAAGAUAUACUUUAUGAAUCUCCAAGGGGAAAUUCAAUUUUUUUUUUUGGUCCAUAGGGGGACUUGAGCCGGUGACCCUCCGGUUGCCAAGCCAAGUCCCUAUGGGCUGAGCUACUGUCCAAAGUAAUGAAGUUAUGACAUUUUAUAUCCAAAAGGUCAAAGGUCAACUUCACUGUGACAUCAUCAUGUUCUGCAUGAAACGAUUUUCUGGCCAUUACUCAACGUCAUGUCUCAGGAACCAAUUCUGCAUCUGAGACAUUUGGUCAGAUACUGAACUGGUGACUCUAGUCUUGAAACUGUGCUGAUUGUAUAGAUCUUCUGUGUGUGGGCCACUGUUUCUAGUUUCCUGAGGUCUCAUAAAUUCUAUGACAUUAACUUCUGGUCUUUAAAAUAACACGGUGAAGCCACAUUUGAGGCUGGUUUAACCAGGAAGUGGUCGUAACUGUCUAACGAGUAUAUAAUAUCAGUUUCACGUCCAGUUGUUGUAAACUGUUGGAUUUAUCAGUUGUGUUGUUGUGGUGACAGCUUUAUAGAUAGAUUCCAGCUGUGACAGUAACAGAUGUAGCUUUGCUUUGAUUUGAUGCUCCAAAAAUGUGUUUUUACUGAAAUGUUUCACUCCCCGAAUUUGAAAGUUGCAAAACCCACAGCAAAUUAUCACCAUGUUUUGGCUUAAAAUACACAUUUUUGGUGGCAUUAUCCCCGCUGGAAAAACAGUGACGGUCGAUAGAAAACACCCAUGUCUGAAAAAUCUGCUGGAAACAAAGUGAUAGUUUGUAGUUUAUUAGUCUCGAUCAGUGAUGACAAAGUCAGCUCUUAUACUACAUCACUCUAGAAAUGUUGAUAUGAUAUGUAUUAAAUGUACAAAUGUAACAUAUUCCUGGUUUGCAGAAAUAUACGAUGCAAACAUUUUCUUCAGACAACAGGGCUUUAAUUUUUGGUUUUAUGGCAACUAACUGUACUCAGCCUGCUCAGAACGAGGCUGCACGCCCACAUUUUCACAACAAAAUACAACAGGCUGCAGUGAGAGUCUCUCUCCAUGGGAUAUUUCAAAAUAGCAGCUUUGUGCAUUUAGUCCUUCUCAGGCAAGCUCAGGGGUUUAGUGUUGCUGUAGCCCACAGGAAGUGAGGAUUAGAAUAUAUGACCUUCACAUAAUCCGCUCCAAAUGAAUCUAUAUUUUUAAAGUCAUUACUAAAAGUGUGUGUCAUAUAAAAACUAAAGUGAUGGUCAAAGUUGUCACAGUGAAAUUUAAGGUGUGCUGAUGGAUUCACGUCAUCAACUCAUGCAUUGAGUAACAUUACAAGUUAACGUUCCACCUUAAAAGUUGCCGGCAGUCGGCCCAGUGAA